ACCCGCCGGCCCGCGGACGCCAGCAUGUCCCAGCGCUUCGUGGUGACCCCGGCAGCGGGCGGCACCGGAGACCCGAGGCCCGCGGCCGAGAGCCCCGACGCCGACACCGACGCCGGCCGCGCGGCCUCGCCGGAGGAGCCCCAGGCAGACGCGCUGCCCAUCCUGCGCUACUGCCGCGAGCCCAGCCGCUACGGAGAUGGGAAUCCCAGGGAGAUCAGCCCGUUCAUCAACAAUGUGGAGAUGGAGAGAGAAAGCUACUUUGAAGGGAAGAACAUGGCCCUGUUUGAGGAGGAGAUGGACAGCAACCCCAUGGUGUCCUCACUGUUGAACAAGCUGGCCACCUACACCAACCUGAGCCAGGGCGUCGUGGAGCACGAGGAGGAUGAGGACAGCCGGCGCCGGGAGGCCAAGGCUCCGCGCAUGGGCACCUUCAUUGGCGUGUACCUGCCCUGCCUGCAGAACAUCCUGGGUGUGAUCCUCUUCCUGCGCCUGACCUGGAUUGUGGGUGCGGCCGGCGUCCUGGAGUCCUUCCUCAUCGUGGCCAUGUGCUGCACCUGUACCAUGCUGACUGCCAUCUCCAUGAGUGCCAUUGCCACCAACGGUGUGGUCCCAGCCGGCGGCUCCUACUACAUGAUCUCCCGGUCCCUGGGGCCUGAGUUUGGAGGCGCUGUUGGGCUCUGCUUCUACUUGGGUACAACCUUUGCAGGAGCCAUGUACAUCCUGGGCACCAUCGAGAUCUUCUUGACUUACAUCUCCCCGAGUGCAGCCAUCUUCCAGGCAGAGAUGGCCGGUGGUGAUGCGGCGGCCAUGCUACACAACAUGCGCGUCUACGGCAGCUGCACCCUGGCGCUCAUGGCCGUGGUGGUCUUUGUGGGGGUGAAGUACGUUAACAAGCUGGCCCUGGUCUUCCUGGCCUGUGUGGUGCUGUCCAUCCUGGCCAUCUACGCUGGUGUCAUCAAGACGGCCUUCGCUCCACCCGACAUCCCGGUCUGCCUGCUGGGGAACCGCACGCUGUCGCGACGCAGCUUCGACGUCUGUGCCAAGGUGGAGGCGGUCAGCAACGGGACGGUGACCACCGCGCUCUGGGGCCUCUUCUGCAAUGGCUCCGGCUCCAGCGCCGUCUGUGACGAGUAUUUUGUACAGAACAACGUCACCCAGGUGCAGGGCAUCCCCGGCGUGGCCAGUGGCGUCUUCCUGGAUAACCUCUGGGGCACCUACUCAGACAAGGGGGCCUUUGUGGAGAAGAAGGGCGUCCCCUCUGUGCCGGUGCCUGAGGACGGCCGGCCCAGCGGGCUGCCGUACGUCCUCACCGACAUCAUGACGCACUUCACCUUGCUGGUCGGCAUCUACUUCCCCUCUGUGACAGGUAUCAUGGCAGGAUCCAACCGCUCUGGGGACCUCAAGGAUGCCCAGAAGUCCAUCCCCACAGGCACCAUCCUGGCCAUCGUGACCACCUCUUUUAUUUAUCUCUCCUGCAUAGUGCUCUUUGGGGCCUGUAUCGAAGGAGUGGUGUUGCGAGACAAGUUUGGGGAGGCCCUGCAGGGAAACCUGGUCAUUGGCAUGCUGGCCUGGCCCUCCCCCUGGGUCAUUGUCAUCGGCUCCUUCUUCUCCACCUGUGGCGCGGGACUGCAGAGUCUGACGGGAGCUCCUCGCCUCCUGCAGGCCAUUGCCCGCGAUGGCAUCGUCCCCUUCCUGCAGGUGUUCGGCCACGGGAAGGCCAACGGGGAGCCUACGUGGGCGCUUCUGCUCACGGCGCUCAUCUGUGAGAUCGGCAUCCUCAUCGCCUCCCUGGAUGCUGUGGCCCCCAUCCUGUCCAUGUUCUUCCUCAUGUGCUACAUGUUCGUGAACCUGGCCUGUGCAGUGCAGACUCUCCUGCGCACACCCAACUGGCGUCCACGCUUCAAGUACUAUCACUGGACCCUGUCGUUCCUCGGCAUGAGCCUGUGCCUGGCUCUCAUGUUCAUCUGCUCCUGGUACUACGCCCUCUUCGCCAUGCUCAUUGCUGGCUGCAUCUACAAGUACAUCGAGUACCGAGGCGCAGAGAAGGAGUGGGGUGAUGGCAUCAGGGGCCUGUCGUUGAAUGCUGCCCGCUAUGCCCUGCUGCGGGUAGAGCAUGGCCCUCCGCACACCAAGAACUGGAGGCCCCAGGUGCUGGUCAUGCUGAACCUGGAUGCGGAGCAGUGCGUGAAGCACCCCCGCCUGCUCUCCUUCACCUCUCAGCUGAAGGCUGGCAAGGGGCUGACCAUCGUGGGCUCCGUGCUGGAGGGCACCUACCUGGACAAGCACGCCGAGGCACAGCGGGCAGAGGAGAACAUCCGCUCUCUGAUGAGUGCAGAGAAGACCAAAGGCUUCUGCCAGCUGGUGGUGUCCUCGAAUCUGCGGGAUGGCACAUCUCACCUGAUCCAGUCAGCCGGACUUGGAGGCAUGAAGCACAACACGGUGCUCAUGGCCUGGCCCGAGUCCUGGAAGCAGGCAGACAACCCUUUCUCCUGGAAGAACUUUGUUGACACCGUCCGUGACACUACCGCGGCCCAUCAAGCUCUGUUAGUGGCCAAGAACAUCGACACGUUCCCACAAAACCAGGAGCGUUUCAGCGAGGGGAACAUUGACGUGUGGUGGAUCGUGCACGACGGGGGCAUGCUCAUGCUGCUGCCCUUCCUGCUGCGCCAGCACAAGGUGUGGCGGAAGUGCCGUAUGCGCAUCUUUACGGUGGCCCAGGUGGAUGACAACAGCAUCCAGAUGAAGAAGGACUUACAGACGUUCCUGUAUCACCUCCGGAUCAGCGCAGAGGUGGAGGUGGUGGAGAUGGUUGAGAACGACAUUUCUGCGUUCACCUACGAAAAGACACUGAUGAUGGAGCAGAGAUCCCAGAUGCUGAAGCAGAUGCAGCUGUCUAAGACUGAGCGGGAGAGAGAGGCCCAGCUGAUUCACGACAGGAACACUGCGUCCCAUGCCACGGCGGCCGCCAGGACCCAGGCCCCCGCUGCCCCCGACAGAGUGCAGAUGACCUGGACGAAGGAGAAGCUGACUGCGGAGAAGCACAGGAACAAGGACGUGGGCGCAUCUGGGUUCAAAGACCUCUUCAGCCUGAAGCCAGAAUGGGGAAACCUGGAUCAGUCCAACGUCCGGAGGAUGCACACGGCUGUGAGGCUCAACGGGGUCGUACUCAGCAAGUCCCAGGAUGCCCAGCUGGUCCUGCUGAACAUGCCAGGGCCCCCCAAAAACCGGCAGGGCGAUGAGAACUAUAUGGAGUUCCUUGAGGUCCUGACUGAGGGGCUGAACAGGGUGCUCCUGGUCAGAGGCGGUGGCCGGGAGGUCAUCACCAUCUACUCCUAAUGCCUGACGAUGCCAAGGACAGUGCCAGCAGCCUGGAGGCAGGCCGACUCGCCAGGGUGCCACGCCGGUGCGGGCCGGGCUGCUUCCCCAGACCUGCCGCCGGCCAGCGUGCCGCCAAGUGGUGCUGGCUUCCUACUGGUAGAACGUGCUCCCAGCAGUGUGAGAGGCAGGCACGGACUAGCAGUCCCUGCAAACUUAGUCGUCUAGGGCAAAACGGAGGUUCCUGCCUAGCCCCUGGGGAACGGGUCCUUCCCAGACUUCACCCCGGACUCCAGGGUCGCCCGUCCGUAGCAGCCCGGUCCAGUCCCGUGUUAGUCACAUUUUACUUCUGCCCUGUGCCCUGCUUCACGGGAAAGCUCCAGGCUGAAUGCCAGGCACCGCCGUGCAGGCUUCUCCAUCGCCUCUAGGCCGGGCAGAGCACCAGGGGCUGCCACCCCUCACCCCACUCAGCACGCGGUCCACAUGGAGCACACCCUCUCCACACUCCACUGGAAGGCUGUGGGCCAAGCCAGCUGGAGGGCAGCCUCAUGUUUCAGGGGAGAAUGGCCACACGUCAGGCACGUAGGACGCCAGGGUGUUCCUUUUUGUGGGAACGCAGCCACUUCAUUUCUAAAGCACUGGUGGGUCACAGCCAGAGUGCACUGGGAGCCACAGGCAGAAAGUGUUGUAAUGCCCCCACAGCCCCCACCGCAGACGCAGCAGCCCUGAGAGCGACGCUCACACCGGGCCUGCCCACACGGGGUGGCACGGCCCUCUACCCCAGGCUUCAUGGAGACAGCUCAGCCCGGGCACCCUCCAGGCCUGAGGCCCUGCGUCCGUGCCCAGCUCAGGCCUGGCAUGGCAGGGAGGCCGAGCUCUCUGCGCUCAAGGACCUGACACAAGAUUUGCACUUUACCCUCCAGCCUUGCUUUGUAGCUCGUGUUCUGUUCCUGAGCUGUGGGUUGUGGCAGUAACCGUGCCUCCCCUUCUCUGUGGCAUAUUUAUUUAAAGCACCCUGGUGGGGGUAUGUGGUCCAUGAAGGGCUGCCUAUGUCCAGGCGCUUGGGUAUCUGGUUUUCCAAGAGUCAGUGCUGCCUGUGGAGCUUGGGGCGGGGCAGAGGCCCCUAGGGGUGACCUGGGCUCUGAGAGGCUCAGCAUGCCACUGUGGCCUAGCCAGUCCUGGGACUCCUUGCUCCUUCCCACUUAGGUCUGAAUUAAAGCAGAUCCCCGCCCCCGACCACAGGUCCUGAGUGCCCCAUCCUGGGGGGAGGGGGGACGGGAAGGGCACCUUGGCCAGUGCCGGAAACAGACCCCAGGUGGCGGAGCGCCGCUCAGGUCCCCAGUCUUCACCCACUAGAGGUCUGCCGAGGUGCGGGCCUCCUCUGUGCCUGGCCUCCUCCUCCCCGACAGACUCCGUGAUCCCGGUAACUAGAGCCAUGCAGAAGUGAAUCCAUGGUGGUUUUGGUUUUUGUUUUUUAAUUUUUAGGUUCUUUGUAUGAUUUUGUUAGUAGAAUAAAGUUCUGAAAUUGCAGUGUC